AUGUUUUUGUUAACCGGUCGAGUUAAUUGUCCGAAUGGGAAGGCUUACUGUGCGCAGUGGGGUUGGUGUACGACCAGGUACGACCUCAUGUUGGGAGCUGAGUUGGUACGAGUCUUAACAGAACACGCGGCAAUUGGGGCAGAUGCUCAUCCGCGUAAUCCAUCAUUGGCUUUUGUGGUCGACCAGCGUAAAAUAAGAAUUGCGAUACAAAGCGGUCCAGAUCAACAACGCAGGUUGGAAACUUUCACCAAUCCUACCAAGAACCUUCAAAUGCAAGAAAUUACUGGGAGCGCUGGCAAACUUCAAAUGCACGGGGAAGGAGAUUGCACUUGGUUAUAUGUUAGCAGAAACGGGGUUUCUUCCUCACAGUCUAGUGUCAAAGAACCACGAAACAACAGUUUGAAUGGUGACAAGAUCUUCACUCGAUGA